GGAGGAAAGGUGUGGUUUUUACAUUAAUUAAUAAAAUCAAUGUUAUUGUGAAUUAUUUUAAACUUAGUUGAAAGUAGAUUCUAGAAAUCCAAGGCUCAUAAAAUUUAGUAAUAAAAUAAUCUUAGUAGUUAGCCGGUUAGCCUACCUGUUUCACUUCAACAUCCCCUUUCGUUAUAAGUCAUAGGCUAAACAUAACCUAUAACCUCGUGGAUUUUAAAGUUUAAAUAGCUUUAACGUAUAGUUGUUACCGACAAUUUUGAAUAAAUUGUACUAGAAGUUAAUGAUAAUCUGGCUUAAAGUAAUCGAAAAUACAGUAAUCAAAACCUUUAUACAAUGUCAAACAGUGGUACUUGUAAAAUAAAACAAGAGUACGUAGUUUCAGAUCAAAAGAAAGAGCUGAAUUUAAAUCAUGUUUCGGAAAAAGAUAGGGAUUCUAUGGAAAAAUCAAGUAAAGAAAUUUCGGAACCCCCUUCAAAGAAACAAAAAUUCUCAAAAAAUAAGUUAAAAGGUCAAAAUAAAGCACGAGGACCAACUUAUAGGGUGGAAAAAAGCGAAGAAUUGUGCAAUACAUUAAUAAAUGUAAUAGAAGGAGAAGAAAUUCCGAAAUGCGAAAGAAAUAAUUGUCAAUUUCUACAUGAUAUUUCUAAAUAUUUAGAAAAAAAAUCCAAAGAUAUUGGCGAUCAAUGUUACAAUCACGAAAUUUCUGGUAAAUGUAGCAGAGGAUUAACUUGUAGGUUUGGUAAUACACAUAUUAAUCAUAGUGAAGGUACAAAUAAAGUUGAUCAAGACAAAUUUUUAUUAUACAACUCAAAUGGUCCAUAUACACACAACAUUCUUAAACAUGAUGUUCAAGUAGCUCUUAGAAAAAGAACUUAUGAUUUCAGUUUGGCGGAAAAAUGUGUAAAAUAUGUAGAUUAUUUAAAGAAGAAUGAUAAAGAAAUUAAUAAUGAUGACCAGACAAAAACUUGUGGGGCUGUAACAGAUGAAGACUUAAUAUCUGUUUUACAAAGAGAAAAGAAAAAUAUUGAUUGGAAAGACAAAUUAUACUUGAGUCCUUUAACUACUGUGGGUAAUCUACCAUUUAGACGUAUAUGUAAAGAAUUUGGGGCCAAUAUCACAUGCGGUGAGAUGGCAAUGUGUUCAUCACUACUUCAAGGCUCACCUCAGGAGUGGGCUCUUUUAAAACGACACAAAAGUGAAGACUUAUUUGGUGUACAAUUGUGCGCCAAUAAUCCACACUUACUUGCAAAAUGUGGACAACUUCUUCAAAAUGAAACGAAUAUUGAUUUUGUGGAUCUAAACAUGGGUUGUCCAAUCGAAAUGGUUUAUAAAUCUGGAGCUGGAUGUGGGCUAAUGCGAAGAACAAAAGUAUUGGAAUCUAGUGUUAGAAGCAUUAGUACAAUAUUAGAUGUUCCUUUUACCAUCAAGAUGAGGAUGGGUGUAUAUAAUAAUGAAAAUAUAGCACAUACUUUGGCACCAAAAUUGAAAGAAUUUGGGGCUAGCCUCUUAACAAUCCACGGUAGAUCGAGAGAACAGCGUUACACAAAAUCAGCGAAUUGGGAAUACAUAGAAACAGUGGCAAAAGCAGUAGAUGGACUACCAGUAUUUGGAAACGGAGACAUAUUGAGUUAUGAAGACUAUGUCAAAGCAAGACAAACUGCACCAAGUACAUGUGGAGUUAUGAUAGGAAGAGGAGCCUUAAUAAAACCAUGGAUCUUUACUGAAAUUAAAGAACAAAAAUUAUGGGACAUAUCAAGUUCUGAGAGAUUUGACAUCAUUAAAAAGUAUGUAAAUUAUGGAUUAGAACAUUGGGGUUCUGAUAAUCGUGGUGUUGAAAAUACUCGUAGAUUUUUGUUGGAAUGGUUAUCGUUUUUAUAUAGAUACAUUCCCGUGGGUUUGUUAGAAACCCCUCCACAAAAAAUUAAUGAACGUCCACCUCUGUAUAAGGGUAGGGACGAACUGGAAACUCUAAUGGCAUCUCCGUCAGCUUCAGACUGGAUUAAAAUUAGUGAAAUGUUAUUAGGACCGGUUCCAGAUAAUUUUCAUUUCUUGCCUAAACACAAAGCCAAUUCUUACAGUUGAUUAUUGUAAUAUAAAUUGUUUUAUAAA